ACAAAGAAAAAAAUCCAUCAUGACAAGGAAGAAGGUGAAACUUGCUUUCAUUGCCAAUGAUUCCUCACGAAAAGCAACCUUUAAAAAAAGAAAGAAAGGUUUGAUCAAGAAAGUAAACGAGCUUUCAACACUAUGCGGUAUCAACGCAUGUGCCAUCAUCUACAGCCCCUACGACACCAAUCCUGAGGUAUGGCCAUCAAACUCCGGCGUGCAAAGAAUCAUCUCAGACUUCCGGAAGUUGCCGGAGAUGGACCAGAACAAGAAAAUGGUGGAUCAAGAAGCCUUUCUCAGACAAAGAAUAGCCAAAGCCUCCGAAAAUCUGAAGAAGCAGAGGAAAGACAAUAGGGAGAUGGAGAUGACUGAAGUCAUGUUCCAGUGUUUGGUCGGAAACAUGGGGAUGUUUAAUCUGAACAUUAUGGAUCUUAAUGAUUUGGGUUAUAUGAUUGAUCAAUAUCUUAAAGAUGUUAACCGCAGGAUCGAGAUUUUGGGGAGUUCUGGUGGUGGUAUGGAGCUUGGUGAAACCUCCAACGAUGCUGCAGCGGCUCCUUCUGAAGCCGCUGGAACGUUGGCUAUUGUGCCGACUACAACCGAUACGAUUCAGCCUUAUCAUCAUCAGCAACAACAUCAGAUGUUUCGUCACCAUGCAGCUCCACAUGUUGGACCCUAUGAGCAGCCUCUGAAUCUGAACCUGAGUCAUAGUCAGAAUCAACAACAGGGGUUUACCGAGAUGAUGAUGAACCGUCCCGAGCAAAUGAGUUACGCGGCUGAGCAAAUGGGCUUUCCGUUCAUGAAUGAUAACCAUCACCACCAUCACUACCACCACCACCAGCAGGUCCCUGGCGAAUCAUCCACCACUCCGGCAACAAACGUUAGCGCAAGCAGUGCCAAUCCAGUUACCAGUUCAAAUCCUACCAAUCAUAUAUGGUUCCGUUAGGGUUUGAGAAGUUCACAUUCCGUUCAGACAAAACUAUCUUUCUACAAAAUGUUUCUUUUGUUGUUGUUAUCAGUGCAAUUUAUUUUCUACUUGCUGCCGUUUUUUCCAAUUAUGAUGGUGCUGAUGUCA